AUGGACAAGGUCGGACGUUUGAGAAUGCAACGGACUGGGGAUAAGGAAUCUGAGGGUGUUGAAACGCUAGAUGGGGGCGAGAUGUCGGCCGAGAAUGAGGUGACGACUGGAAGUGAGGUGAAGGCUGAAGAUGGGGUGCCGGCUGAGGAUGGGGUGCCGGCUGAGGAUGGGUUGCUUGGUGAGGAUGGGUUGCCGGCUGAGGAUGGGGUGCCAGCGGAGGAUGGGGUGCCGGAUGAGGACGAGGUACCGGCUGGAGGACCAGAGGCGGCUGAGCUGAGGAGGAAGCUGCUCCUGGUUUGUAUCACUGUAGCGCUGGUCACGACGGAAGCAGCCACGGAGGGCAUCAGGGACAUGGGAUUAUUCGUAGCCGCAUUGGAGUUGAAAAAGGAUGACCCUGAAGCCUUGUUGUUGGUCUCUGAAGGCGGUGAAGCACUCGCAGUUGGCUCGAUUAUCACAGUGUUGGUGCUACUAGACGACAUACUUGACGGCACAGCAGAAGACGGCAAUUGCGUGCUGGAAUUUGCGAUGCCACUAUUGGACAUCGUGGAGGUGGAGAACCAGGAUAUGGCUGUAUCUUGCAUGGGAAAAGCAGUACUUCUGACAGUGAUUAAGCCGACAGUCCCAUUUACCUGCAAGGCUAGUGAAGGAUCUCCAAGACCACCAGAGACAACCGCGCGGUUGCAGAUUGGUGGCAUCCCGGGACAUUGCCUGGUUUCGAAUUAG